AUAUUUCUGUUUUAUUAUUAAAUUAACGAUAAUGGGAUGUUGUGAAGCCAAUGGAAUAAGGAAUAGAUUGGAUUAGAUUAAUCCAUUUAAACAAUAAAGAGGUAAGAAUAUAUGUGAAAUCAAAGAUAAUUCUGCACCAAUCUGUAGGAAACCAAUAUUUGAUGAGAAUUCUACAUAAUAAUAUAAAUCAGAGUCAUAAUAUUAUUCAUACAAAACUCAACAGUUUAAAGUAUCUAGAUCUCCAAAUAAAUUGGAUGACUUUAAUACUAAUUAAUUUAAAGUUUAGCAAAAGCAACCUAUGAUGAAUCAUAGAAUAUAAACAUAAUAAGCUGUUUCUUGUCCUCCUAUUCGACAAUAAACAAAUUAAUAUUUAAGUAAUUAAAGUUUCUCUGUACCUGUCAGUGCUAUAGUUUAACAACCCUAAUAUGUUGUAAACAAUCAACCUUAAUAAUGUUAACCAUAUGUGAUAUAUCCAUAAAGUAAUAAUAUUAGCUUUCGUGGAGAUCAUGUUAGCUAAAUACUCACCAAUCUUAAUAACUGUAUAAAUUUAUUGUUAUUUUAGAAUAAUAGAGAUUAUUUAAGACUGCUUCGAAAGCAAUAAUGAAAGUAGAAGAUGAUAAAUUGACAAAUAAUGAUAGAGAAGUUAUGAAGGAUAUUUUUCAUAAACUAGAAAAAACUUCAUGUUUUAAUUCAAAGAAAUCAAGCAAAAGUAAUCUAGCUGGAUCAUUAUAAAUGAAUAGUAAGGAACUUAAAAAGAUGUAUGAUUAAAUGAAUAAUUAACUAUAAUUAUUGAAUAAAUUAAUAGUUUGUUUAGAUGAUAAAUGGAAUAUGUAAGAUAGCAAGUAGGUUAAAUUAUAACUAAAAGAAUUUUCAGAAAAAGUUAAAGAAUUAGGAGAAGUGACUUUACAUAAUAGUUUGAUUGAAUAAUAAGGGAGUGAUAAAAGUUUCAGAUCUUAAGAGUCUUCAUUUCUACCAAAGACUAAUUAUACAUAGACUAAAGAAAUUGAUUUAAGUAAUUUAAGUGAAUAGGAAGAUAGUCAAAUUAAGUAGAUGAAAGAUAUUAUGUAAAAGUAUCGUAAUCAGACUAAUGAAUAAAGUGGUCUAUUUUAGAGAGAUUUAAAUCAAAAUUCAUUUAAUAAUGUUAAGAUAUAAUAAAGUAAAUUAUCAUCAUAAAGAAUGAAAGAAAAUAAUUCCAAAAUUGAUUCCUUAAUAAAUAAAUUGCAUCAUUUGAAUCAAAGCUACAAAUUGUUAUAAAAUCAAUGA